UCCAUAUCAAGAUUUUUCAUAAUUAAAACUGCACAGUGGUGUCAUUUGAAGUUCACUUUGCGCGUUACUGUGCUCUGAAUCAUGGCUGCGAAUCAGAAUGCGUAAUUCCAUCAGGUUAGAAGCCUUUCCAGUAAAGAGGUCAUAUUUAUGACUGUAUGAGCGCAAGCCAUGUGAACUCCAAAGUCUGCUUGCCUCGGUGAGGUGGAGAGACAAAGGCGAGCUAUGGAGAGAGGGAGAGAGCGUCACAGAGGGAGGAAGAGUUUAUCUUUCAACUCCAGCCUCCGCCAGGCAGUCGUUUUCGGAUUUGGACCCGGUACACACAAGCUGGAAUUAACCGGAUAUAUGAUAAACAAAUCAACAACACUGGUGAGUUUUUAAACUGUCUUUUUUGUUACUGAAUGGGCUUCUACAACAUGUUUUUACUGAUAAGUUAACCUGCUCAAAGUUUGCACGUGAGAUCCUGCUGCAGCUCAACAGGUGAUUCCUUGCGCACGAGACUUGAGACAUUUCACAUAUUAAAGGAACUGGUCAGACAGCAGAGUCGCAGGGGGAGACUCUGGUGUGGAUGUUCUGUAGUACUCGAUUUUUUUAAUGGAAUAAGAGAGGCAGCUGUCAUUACAGAUAAUUACAUUGAAAUAAAUGAGCGUUGGUUGGAUAUCCUGCCGUCUCCUAGUGCAAAAAGAAAGAGUACUCUUCUAAAAUAUCCUGUUUAAAGCUCUGCGUCCGGUUUUAAGAAGAGUUUUCUUUCCAUAUCAACGAGUAAUCGAUCGUAAAUAUUGAUAGUUUGGAGGCUAUACCUUCAAACACAAAGACGAGAAAAUGUGAUUCUUCAAAAUCUUCACUUAUUACAUCCAAACAAGCAUUAUCAGCUCCUUUUCUUAUUUUAAGUCGUUUGUAUUGUCUUAAAAAUAUGAAUCUCAACCAAGUCUGUGAACAAUAUUUGAUUUUGAGCUUUGAUUUAGUUUAAUAUAGCAACUUAAUAACCAGUUUGAAGCUUUUAUUAUCCAGCCUUAGAUAGUGUCACACUGUCAUAGUUUACCUGCUUCAGAUGUGGUUAUAACUGUCAUGUUGUUAUGGGUCAUCAUUUAUGUGUUUGUUUAGUAAGUGCAGGUACAGACAUUCCAACAUGGGAGCGCUGAUGAGAAAAAAAACAUCAUUGAUCUUCCAGUGUUGCACUCCUUUAAAUAUGAUAACCAUACUAACAUUAAGAAUUACUAAUUUCUUCCAGUAUGAGCUGCUGAAAAUCUACAAACCCCCACUACUACUGUGGGUGUCUCUUCCGCCCCCCAGCUGAUAGUUAAAAGAGAAAUCGUGAGGCUUUGUUUUUCUCUUCCUUCCCUUUCAAUAAGUGUGUGUCAUCAGUGAGUAAGUGACUCAGAUAUGCAAAGCUGCUGACAAAAAGAUAUAGCGGGAUGACACAGGAAGAAAAUCAGUUAUUAGAAAUGACAAAUAAUGUUGCAAUGGAAAAUUAGUUCAACAGUUACACCCCCUCCUCACAUAAUAUAUCAUCACAUAUGUCAAUUCGAUGAUUUCUCUUAUUUAUUCUGCUUCGAGUUUAUGCCAAGCUUAAAUGACUUUCAAAAAUGUAAAUUAUUAGAAUCAAUUCUAGCACUUCCAGAGGUUGUUCUGUAUAAAUUAGUUGUAUUUUCUACAUUUUGCCAAGGAUAACAAAAUCUCUAAAUAAUGUUUAAUAUUGACCUGACUCCCGGGGUCCUUAAAAGGUCAAAUACAUAUUUAAUUGAUCAGUGAGAGACAAGUUUGCAGCCAUGUCUAGAAACGCCUACCUGCCUCCAUGGCAACAAGUUUAUUUCAGUCUACACUCUCAAAAAUCAAUACCCCUAAAUAGUCUGGAUAAAAGCUUUUUUGCAACUAGUGUAGUGGUAUGUUUUAAUAAGAGAAGUCCUACUGUGCUUUAUUACAGUCAGGUUCAAUGCAGUGUGUGAUUCAACAACAAAUCCUCAGAACUAGAUUUCAUCAAACAACUGUGGCAGCAUAUACUGUAAGUGUAUCUCCUAUCUGACAAUCUCUCAGUUUGUCGGCGGAGGUGUCAUUGAUGGGAAUUAUCCACACUCCCCCAGUUAGUGUUAGAAUGAAAGCCAGCUGGGCUGUGAAAGAGAAAGAGCAAGUGAAAUUUUUUCUAAUAUAUACUGUUUAUCCAUACCAAAAGAGUGACUGAUCACAGGAAGUGAUGAUGUUGAACGUUUUUUUAAGGUCUCUGUAGACAGGCUCUCAGAUCUGACUAAAUCUAAUGAUAUUCACUUGUUUUUUCUCCAGGCUGCUUUCUCAAAUAUCCCCACCACAUAAGUAAAUACUCAUGAAAAAUUCAUAGGAAUACCCAUGAAUCGAAACUUACUAUUCACAUUUACUCUAGCCCCUUACUGGCACACUUUUUUAAGAUGUUACCACAGAUGUUUCAUGUAACUUCAUACUCAAACAUGAAGACUUGUCUCUUAUCUAAAAAAAAAAACCAAAAACAUGAGGUACUUGUGCACUAAUAAAAAAUAAUAAUAUCAAUACUAUACUCCACUGAUCAGUUGAGUAUAAUCCAGACAUGAACUUAAAUUAGGAGAAAAGGGCAAGAGGAGCCAGUGGGGUUAUCCAGGGGGCAUCUCUUCUCCCCGGUGUUUUGUUAAGUUCAGCCAAUGUAACACCUCAGGGAGCCUUAAGUGGAUCAAUCCCCUCCAUGCUGGCUCCCACCUUCCAUCACAAUCACAAAACAAAGGACAGAAGAAAGAGAAAAAGAAAUGUGUUUAGGGAUAAGAUAGAAGAAGACCAAGAUGGGAAAGCCAAAGCAAAAAACCUGUUUGGGCUGAGACUAGUCUCCUCUGGGUGAGGCUGUUCACUCUGCCUCCCUCUUUUUUAUGAGGUUAGAAAGCUUUUAAUAUGUUACUCUGAAGGUAUAUAUCUCUGGAUGACACAUGAGAUCACAUAUUGUCAAAAAGCUACCCUCUCUACCAUCUCUACCCUGAAGUGGUUAAUUUACUUUAAAGUAUAUUUUAAAAGCUCCUGUGUUGAACUUUGGGUUUAUAUUAAUUGUGGCGCCCCCUGUGGACAAAGCAGUCUUUGCUUAUCUUGUACUUUAAAUACUUAAGUAGCAUCUGAAAAGGAUUCUUGUUAUUGUGACUUUUGACAGUAAAAUGUGUCAUAUAAUGUGAAUAUUUCUAAUGGAAAUAUAGAAAAAGGCCUGUAUCUCCAACUGCUCAGCUGACAUCUACCCCCUUGCACCUGUUUCAGCCAUCAAAAUUUGUCAUAAAAGAACCAUCAAUCUUGUCACAGAUAGUCUUGUUUGCUUUUGGAUGUCGUGAAAAGACAUUCAUAAGAAUUUUAGUGCAUUUCAUUUAUGUCAUAAAGCUUCUCAGAGGAGCUUUUAGAUUGAAGCUUGUUGUCUAUAAUCUACCAGGAGAAAGCUGGACCACUGGGAAGACUCUGGCAGGGUUUUAAAUUCUGGGCCACUUUGCUCUGAAGCAGUAGUACAAAGCACCACAGGCCAUCCUUGCAGUGCUCACCUGUUUGGGUCUUUUCAUUUUAUCAGUUUAUUGUGGUGUAAAAGCUUAGCCCAGGCUACACUGCAGGGAAAGAAAUUAGUUUAACCUCCGAAUGAAAAGCCCCCCGUCUGGGAUUGAAUCUCAGACCAUCUAGGCAGCAGUUAGGGUUACUGUUGGUUAACUGUUGCAACACUGGUCUGCUGAGGUUUCCUGUUUACUAUGGAAUAUAAAAAAUCACAUACUGAACUAAAGAGAAAGGUAGUCACACUGUUCAAACAACAGCAAUUCAUUUAAGCUCUGAACCUUUGAGUUGAGGACUGGAAGUCUUCAAUACAGCAUCACAGACUGUCUUAAUUACCUUCUUUCUAGGUUUUAAAUUGUGAUCCAUUCUCCAAUGUGAGAAAACAAGAAAACUGAAGGGUAACAAGUAAAGGCUGUAGCAGAAAUUUUAAACCAGUUUUUUCACAGACUUUUGCAGUCCUCACGUGUUGAUUUAAAAGCAUAGUUCAGACCCAACACAGUCAAAGGUAGGACCCAAAAAAUACUAGUGUCACAUUAAUGGGUCACCACUGAAACUAGAAACCAGGAUCUAGGUAUUGUUCAACUUCAGGAGCUUGCUUAUUAAGGUUGAUUUAACUUUUAGUUAAUUAUGGUAAUUCAAAAGCAUGGUCUUUGUCUAGAACAUGCUACAAGAAAAGGCCUCAACUGGGAUCCAAACAAGGACCAGUAAGGCGGCAGGUUUAAAAACCAUCCUUGCUCUACAUACUUGUUUUUUUUUAACUUUACAGGAUAUCACAGUAAUUCAGAAGCAUGCUCUGUCUCAAGUCAGAAGCAUCAACUACAUUCCUAUGAAAGGAAGUAUAUGGGUUUAAAACUCUUUCCCUCAGCAUAAUUACUCUAUUUCUUCUUUCUCAUUCUUAAUAAUUUUCUUUACUUUUGAAAACUUGUAUCAAAAAUAAAGUUUUACUUUCCUGUUGAGUGCUCCUUUCCUCCUAUAGGGCCUGUCUAUGCGAUUUAAAUCCAAUGCCAAUUUGGGUGCAAUUUUGCCGUUAUCAUCCUAGAGUCAACUUGCUGUCUGCAAAACUUCAAGUGAUAUGCCGCUAUGUUUCGUUCCAAAGGCAUCAAAAUAGAGGUUUUUGAUUGAGCCACACAACAGGAUGCCAUCCAAUAAGAACAGGUCGUGCUGUGCGCAGAACUUGGACCUUUGCCUCAGUCGACUCUUAUUUUGUGUCUGCCAAUUAGGAAAGGAACAACAUCAUUAUAAUAAUGGCAAAUUCUACCAUUUAAUGAGGCUAGGUUACCCAAGAGGAACAGAACUUACUGACUGACUUAUAAUACCUGUUUUUUGACAAAAAAGUAAGAAACAAGCUCAGAUUCGUGUUCCCAAACUGCCAUGCAUUGAUACAUAUACCAAAAAAGGGACGGCUCUAAAUACUUCUUCUAUUUAAUGAGACUAGGUUACCCAAGGAGACCAGAGUCUACUGACUGACUCAUACUGCCUGUUUUUAAACCAACAAGUAAGAAAAAAACUCAGAUUCCUGUUCCCAAACUGCAGUGCAUUGAUAUAUUUACCAAAAAAAGGAAGGCUCUAGAUAUUUCUUCUAUCUGAUGAGGCUAAUUUACCCUAGGGGAGCAGAACUUACUGACUUAUAAUGCCUGUUUUUUAACCAAAAAGUAAGAAAAAAAACAGAUUCCUGUUCCCAAACUGCAAUGCAUUGAUACUACCAAAAAAGGAAAGGCUCUUAAUACUUCUUUUAUUUAAUAAGGCUAGGCUCCCCAAGGGGAGCAUAACUUACUGACUGACUUAUAAUGUCUGUUUUUUGACCAAAAAGUAAGAAACAUAUAUCCGAUUCCUGUUCCCAAACUGCAAUGCAUUGAUACAUUUACCAAAAAACGAAGGCUCCAAAUACUAAUUCAUUGAAAUUUACAUAGAAUAUCUGAAUAUUUAAGUAUUUUGUACAUCAGAGCCUCUAACUAAGAGCUUCAGGUUGACUCAUCACACCCUCUGCCUCUUGGACCAUGACUGACUUGCAAUCUAGCUGCAGUGUCAGGAAAUUGUCCAUGUGUAUCCAAAACUUUGAUCUAAAAAUAUCCUUGCCCUGGAAAAUCCCUUUUAAAGUGUCUUCUACUUUUGAAAUGUUCAGUUUUCUCGAGAGAUGGGGUGGUAUGGGAAACAUAUUUCUAUGUGAAAACUUUGACCAAUUUUAAUGUUUUUUAUUUGUUUUCCAGGGAUGACUACUUCGGAUUCACACGACAAAAGGUUCAAAAGGCGACUCACAUCGAUACCUGCUUGAUUGGUCUGACAGGAAACGACUGAAUUUUUCCAGGAUGUGACUAAAUUCAGAGGUGAUCAUCUCACCUACCAUGAUGGAAUCCGGUCUACGGCCUCCUAUGGAUACUCUUCAACUAAACACCAAUAGCUAUGUCAACAACAGUAAUCGCAGCUGGGGCAGCCUGCUUGAUGGUGACUCAUUGGGGAGCAACAACACCCUGAGCUUUCAUUAUGGUUUCCAGAAUGCCCUGUUGGGUGUCUCUCUGGGACUUCUUUCUCUCCUCACAGUUGUAAUGAACCUGCUAGUUCUGUAUGCGGUUAAAAGCGAGAAGAGCCUCCACACUGUAGGGAACCUCUACAUAGUCAGCCUAUCAGUGGCGGAUCUCAUUGUGGGGGCCACAGUUAUGCCCCUAAACCUGGUGUACUUGUUGGAGGAUGAAUGGAAGCUGGGGCGGGCUGUUUGCCAGUUUUGGCUCAUAAUGGACUACGUAGCUAGCACGGCUUCCAUUUUUAGCUUGUUCAUCCUGUGUUUGGACAGGUAUCGGUCUGUCAGACAGCCACUAAAGUAUCUCAAGUAUCGGACACGGGGACGAGCCAGUGCAAUGAUUUCUGGAGCCUGGCUGUUGUCGAUGAUGUGGAUUAUUCCAAUUUUAGGAUGGAGGUCUUUCACUCAUGUAGACCUUAAACCAGAGGAAGAGAACAAGUGUGACACAGAUUUCCGCUUUGUCACAUGGUUUAAGGUUGUCACUGCAGUUUUCAACUUUUAUGUUCCUUCAGUUUUGAUGAUUUGGUUUUAUACCCACAUCUACUUGGCCGUGAGGCAACAUCUGAGGGACAGGGAAAGAAUCAUUCAUCCAACAGAUUCAUUUGGGGAAAAUGAAAACGGACAAAACGCUGGGUCUCCAGUGAAAAAUGUCUCGAAACCACAAACGCAAGAGUUUGAAGGCCCAAUGAAACUAUCGAAGAAACAACGCUUGCUUGACCAAAACACCCUCGAUCAGGCGUAUUCCAUCGAGGAUUUGGGCAAAACCAAAACUGCUCCAUCCAGAUCUCACAGAAAAAUUGGUGUUAAGUGCCAGCAGAUUUCAUUACUUGCCAUGACCUCAAGACGACUUGGAGUGGUGAAAAGGUGCUCAUUGUCCCCUGAAGAGGAGCAGCCAGAUGUAGAGAUUCCCUCGAGCCAGCAACCAGUGCAACAGGAAGUGAACUGCUCGGAGGUGAACAAUGGGAACAAGCUUCAAGCUUCUUUGAAUGAAUGUCACGUGACGGUGCCAAACUCAGUGAGCGGUGUCUGUGACGUAAGUCAGGUUACAGAUGUACAAAGAUUUACACCUGCACUCUACAAUAACUUUGACGCCAAACAAACUCUACCCUGGACUGAGGAAGGGGUCAAAGAUGCCAAAAUGGACCCAAAUAGUGCAGCGACAUUGAGACAAACAUGGCAAAGGUUUAUUGUCCACUCACGCCAGCGUAUACAGAGCCUGAGGAUCCAUAAAGAGCACAAGGCAGCCAAGCAGUUGGGUUUCAUUAUCGCUGCUUUCUUGCUGUGUUGGAUACCGUACUUCAUCGCUUUUAUGGUCAUGGCAGUCUGCAAAGAGUGUGUGCACCAUGACCUCCACAUGUUCACGAUAUGGCUUGGUUAUAUUAACUCUACACUCAACCCUUUCAUAUACCCGCUCUGCAAUGGAAACUUUAAAAGAGUCUUCAGAAAUAUUCUCAAAAUUGGUUUGUGAUUGACACCAACAGACAAAGAAACAGAACAAAAUGAUACGAAUGUAAAAACUGCCUCUAAAGCUCAGACUUCGAAGCUUAGGUAAAACUGUAAAUGGUUGUGAUAGUCUGUUUUUUCUGUUUUGUCUGGACCUUAUUUUUAUAACACAUAAUGCACUUUAGAUCAGUCUCAUGGCAAUGCUUAAGAAAAAUGUCUGAGAAUCAUGUUAUUUAUAUUGUCUGUAUAAUGCUGAUGAUAACAAAGCAUGUCAAGGACCAGAGACCUUUUCUAUCAAAAGAACUUGAUAUUCACUCUGAUGAACAGAAGCAUGAAUGAAGUGUCUUUGCUCUGGUCUAGAAUCUAUGAAAACUUGUUGAUGUUGAAAAAGUGUUGCUCUAUUUUUCAUGUAAUAUUUGCUCUGCUGCAGUGUUCUUAGCUGUUGUAUUUGUCACACUGUUGCCUCAUCAUCAAGUUGUCUUAAAAGAAAAAAUCGAAAGUCUUGGCAGAUCUGCUAAAAGUUAUCUGACAGCUUGCGCUCUUAUUUCACACUUCUCUUCAGAUCUUAAAAACAUGCAAGAUGUCAAAAUGUUUACAUAUUGUACAUCACCAUUUGAAGAAAUAGAUUUUAUAAAAACUCUUUGGUGUCAUUGAACUUUUUUGUGUUGUCUUCAGCCUUUAUCCUGCAAGAUUUGUUUACAUGGCAACUUCUUCAAUCUGUGUGUCAAACUACCAAAGUGUCCUGCAAAAAUGCCUUUCAGGAGCAGAAGCUUUCACGAUUAAUCUUGCCUGUGAUUUAGUGAAGGAUUUUUUCUUUUUUUACUGUCGGCAAAAGGGCACUAAAUAUCUUUCCACAAGCUAGCGGACAAGAGGCCAUAAAUUCAAGGCUAAUGUUUGGCAUUUGGAUUGAUUUCAUAACAGGGGCAAAAAUCAAAGUGCAUCCAUCAUAAUGGACGUUGGAGAUAAUUGUCUCCUAUAAUCUUGAUAUGAAUAACAAACCCAAUAUGGAGUUCAAUGUAACAUUCAACAUGUUCAUAGCGUCAAAGUUUGGUUUCAGAUUGUUUCUUUUUCAUGUCCAAUAAACAACAUUUUUCACAUUCUCAAUGCCAAGACUGGCAAAUUAGAUUAUGUUUUUCUUUUUUUCAGUCUGACCUGAGUGGCUGUCCCUGUUGGGUUUUCCAAAUGAAGAUAGUGUUGUGGAUUUUUUUCAUGUAAUAUGUUCAGCAACAUCACUACAACAGCAUGAGCGUGAUGUUGCUUUACUUGCUAACCUAGUACAAAUUUGCCUCGCUGUGAGAGUCCACCAAAAUGUACGCAAAAUUUUUAGUGUCCUUUAGAACACAGGGUGGUGGUCCACUUUGGUGUCUUGCACCAAAAUGAGAUUUACAUGAGAUUUUAAACCCUGAAAAUCACUAUAAACUAUUUAAGUUCUGUCAGUUGCUAAAACUUUUAUUGCAAACCAUUUCUACAUAUAAAGCAAAUUAACAUAUAGGAUUGUUUUUGACAAAGAAAAUUAUUUAUUCCCACCUUUUUAAAGCCCUUGCGAGAAUUUUAAUUGGUUAUAUGAAUGCAGAUGUUACUGUCAUUAAAGCAAUGAUCAUUAAAACAAAGCAGGAGCAGGUUUUAUUUCAGUCAGAAGGUACUACCUUGUCACAGAUCGAACAAGAUCAGCAAAAUGAUGGAUUUACCUGUUUACCUAAAGGGAGCUUUUCUGUCUGUAUUUAGAACCACUUUGAUUUCCAGAGAUGCCGAAACGGACUUCACUACCUGGCUGUUGGGUUUAUAUUAUCUCAAAAAGUUUGUGACCGUUUUUAUUAGUACUUUAUUAAGUGCCCAGUACUCCACGUGAGCGCAUACUGUAUGAAAAACCCAGCCGAGGUUUCAAAACAUCAUUAUUUUGACACAGCGACCCUUUGUCAAAUGGGAAGACAUGAUCAUGUAGCAUCGCCAGACUCUAGUUAUAAUUUCAUCCUAGCGGUGCAAAUGAAAUUACAAAAUGAAUCUGCAAGUAAUCAAAUCACUAAAAACAAAUUGCAUACAGUAACUCAGCGGGGGCCAGCAGCAGAGGUUAGUCUGAAACAUUGCCUUCCGACUAGUUUUCU